UAACAAAAUUAAUGUGUCGAAAAAGAAAGCAAGUAUUAAAUUAAUCAGUAAAUGCUAGUAAGGACAACGAAACACCUAAGCAAUGAAUGCGCCGCCUACGUUUGAGAGUUUUCUUCUAUUUGAGGGCGAAAAUAAAAUAACAAUUGAGAAGGAUACAAAAGUACCAAAUGCAGCUUUAUUUACUGUGAAUAAAGAAGAUCACACCUUGGGCAAUAUGAUUACAACGCAGCUACUGAAAGACCCCCAAGUGGUGUUCGCUGGCUAUAAGAACCCCCACCCGUUGGAGCACAAGUUUGUGGUGAGAAUACAGACUACAUCAGACUACAAUCCUAAGGAUGCCAUGACAAAUGCCAUCACAGAUCUGAUCAGCGAAGUUUCACUGCUGGAGGAGAGGUUCAAGGAGGCUGUGAAGGAGAAGCAGGAAGGAGAAUGAUGGGUUUGUGUGAGCGGAAUAAUGCCGAGAAACCAACAGUGGUUACGAACACUUCAUUCCAUACCAGGAAUGUUCCAACGUGAAGGAUCUUCUACGGAAUUUCACAGAUUGAAUUUGUGUCAUUAUCAGACCAACAUGAGGGCCAUGCUCGUGGCAUUAAACAGACAGCUGGGUCAUGUGAUCCACCUGUUGUGGACAGGCUUUGGCUUGUGAGAAAUUGGUGGACAUUUAUUCAAAUUCGAAAAUGAAGUACCCCUAGCAUAAUU